AUGUCUGCUGCCGCGGCUACCGCCAUGGCCGGCUCGCCCUCUGAGCGCCGUAUCGACAAGCACCUGAAUCCCGAGGACGUGAACAAGCAUUCCAUCUCAGCCCUCACGGACAAGACGACCGUGGUCCUGACCGGCUCCGACAUGCGGGACCAGAACUGCUCCAAGAAGUUGAAGACUUCCCACGAGCCCGAAUACUCUGAAUGUGAAAUGGCCAAGACCAUCGACAAGGUUUUGGCCAAGCUUGCCGAGCAUACGGAGGCCGCGCGAAAGGAGGCCGAAGAUGAGGCUGCUCGAAAGGAGACUCAGAAGUCCCUGGACGAUCAGACUCAGGGCUCCCCGUCUUCUGGCUCGAUGUCCCUCUCGGGUAACGACUCGUCCACCUCGACCGCUCCGACCACUCGUCCCGACAGCACUGCGUCGAAGGAGUCUACUACCAAGGACAAGACUACCCAGGAUGAGAUUCUACGCCUGAAGCUCGAACUUGCUCAGGCCCAGAACAAGAUUUCCCGUCUGGAUCAGGAGUUGCAGCAGCGUCGUGCCGCUGAGGCCGCUGGUGGUCGCAUCACUCCAUCUCUUGGAGACCCCGACUUCCUGCCGCCUGUUGCCCCCCUCGUGUCACCUGCUGGCUCUCGUAUCGUUAGCGGCACCGCCAUGAACGCACCAGGCCGAGUUCCGUUUGUUCGCGAGGCCAGCUGGCCCAACCCAGACGACGCUCGCUCUGAUACUAGUGAGACCAUGUCGACAGGUGGUCUGAACCGUGCUCGAGGUAUCUGGAACAACAACACCAGCAAGGCACCCUUUGGCAACCCUUUCCCUCAGGGCCCGAUGGCUAACGACGGCCCUCAAGCCGGCCCGUGGGGAAACCCUCGCAAUGUCACCCCUAACUACGAUCCUGCCUUCGCUGGUCCUUCCGCGAGCAUGGAGUUGUACCGUCCCGAUCGCAUGCUGCCCCCUGAGGCUACUGAAAUGAUGCGGCCUUCUGGUCGCCGCGGCAACCGUUUCGACAGUCGGUAUGGCAGCAUGAAUGCUGGCUACGGCUACGGUGGUUACAACAUGGGCCCUGGUCCCUUCGACGCAGGCCCCGGCUAUGCUGCGGGCGCCCAAGGCCCGAUGGGCGCGAGCAUGUAUCCUCCCUACCAGCAACAGCCUGUUGGCUCGGCUCUCUCGCCUCACGCUACGGAGUUUACGUCAGCUGCAGGAUCGUGGAAGACGGCGGAUGGACAGACGUACAUCUCGCCGACCACGGAGCCGCUUAACUAUCGCCGCCUGCUCGAUCGCAACGUCACUUGUGACUGGAAGUACAUCGUGGAUAAGAUUGUCUGCAACAACGAUCAGCAGGCGUCCAUCUUCCUGCAGCAGAAACUCAAGGUUAGCACCCCUGAGCAGAAGUACGACAUUGUCGAGGCCAUUGUCGCGCAGGCCUACCCCUUGAUGGUCAACCGCUUUGGCAACUUCUUGGUCCAGCGCUGCUUUGAGCACGGUACCCCUGAGCAGGUCAUCAAGAUUGCGGAGGCCAUUCGCGGCAACACCCUCAACCUGUCGAUGGAUCCGUUUGGCUGCCAUGUGGUGCAGAAGGCCUUUGAUUGCGUCCCGGAGGACUAUAAGGCGAUCAUGGUUCACGAGCUGCUGCGUCGUAUCCCGGAGACGGUUAUUCACCGUUACGCGUGCCACGUUUGGCAGAAGCUGUUCGAGCUGCGCUGGACUGAGUCCCCUCCCCAGAUCAUGAAGUAUGUCAACGAGGCCCUCCGUGGCAUGUGGCACGAGGUUGCCCUGGGAGAGACUGGCAGCUUGGUGGUUCAAAACAUUUUUGAGAACUGUCUCGAGGAGGACAAGCGCCCCUGCAUUGAGGAGGUCCUUGCCAACAUUGACAUUGUCGCCCAUGGCCAGUUUGGCAACUGGUGCAUCCAGCACAUCUGCGAGCAUGGUGCUCCGCAGGAUCGCAGCCGUGCCAUCGACCAUGUCAUCCGCUAUGCGGCCGAGUACAGCAUGGACCAGUUUGCCUCGAAGGUCGUUGAGAAGUGUCUGAAGGUUGGUGGUCCUGAGUUCCUCCAGCGCUACCUCGACCGCGUCUGCGAGGGUCGUCACGACCGCCCGCGUAUUCCGCUCAUCGACAUUGCCAGCGACCAGUACGGCAACUACCUCAUCCAGUGGAUCCUGACCCACGCCGGACCUCAGCACCGCGAGAUCGUGGCUGCCCAUAUCAGGAAGCACAUGGUGUCUCUUCGCGGUUCCAAGUUCGGCUCGCGGGUCGGCAUGCUCUGCACCAACCACGCGGUGGCCACUCGUCCGGGCCCUGGUGUCGGCCCCGGCAUGCCCGGUCGUGGCAUGGGUCCCGGCUCGCGCUACGGCGGCCGCUAUCCUUGA